CAGGGUCAGGAAGGCAGUGUGCGUAGUCCGUCGUGGCCUAGGACGGUUUCUGAGCUUUGGCGUCCGUCGCCCGCUGCCUUCCUUCCUUGGGUUCCAGCGAUGCCGAUGUACCAGGUAAAGCCCUAUCACGGGGGCGCCGCGCCUCUCCGUGUAGAGCUUCCCACCUGCAUGUACCGGCUCCCCAACGUGCACGCCAGGACCGGCGGCGCAGCACCCGACGCGGGCCACGUGCAGGAAGAGUCUGACCCAUCUCUGCAAGCUUUGGAGUCCCGCCAAGAUGAUAUUUUAAACCGUUUGUAUGAGCUGAAAGCUGCAGUUGAUGGUCUCUCCAAGAUGAUUCAGACACCAGAUGCGGACUUGGAUGUAACCAACAUAAUCCAAGCUGAUGAGCCUACUACUUUAACAACCAAUGCAUUGGACUUGAACUCAGUGCUUGGAAAGGAUUACGGGGCACUGAAAGACAUCGUGAUCAAUGCAAACCCGGCCUCCCCUCCCCUCUCCCUGCUUGUACUGCACAGGCUGCUCUGUGACCACUACAGGGUCCUGUCUGCAGUGCACACCCACUCAUCAGUCAGAAGCGUGCCUGAAAACCUUCUCAAGUGCUUUGGAGAGCAGACUAAAAAACAGCCCCGUCAUGAAUAUCAGCUGGGCUUUACUUUAAUUUGGAAGAAUGUGCCGAAGACUCAGAUGAAGUUCAGUGUCCAGACGAUGUGCCCCAUCGAAGGAGAAGGGAACAUUGCACGUUUCUUGUUCUCUCUGUUUGGUCAGAAGCAUAAUGCUGUCAAUUUAACCCUUAUAGAUAGCUGGGUAGAUAUCGCUGUCUUUCAGUUAAAAGAGGGAGGCAGUAAAGAAAAAGCUGCUGUUUUCCGAUCCAUGAACUCUGCUCUUGGGAAGAGCCCUUGGCUGGUUGGGAAUGAACUCACCGUGGCAGAUGUUGUGCUGUGGUCUGUGCUCCAGCAGAUGGGAGACUGCAGUGCAGCAGUGCCAGCCAACGUGCAGAGGUGGAUGAGGUCAUGUGAAAACCUGGCUCCUUUCAACACUGCCCUCAAGCUGCUUAAGUGAACUUCAGUAACAGAGUUUAAAGAGUUUAGAUUUUAAGAAUGGUGCUGUUUCAUGCCUAUUGUCAGUAAAGGGACUUGUGCUAGAAUCAGUCUUUUUAUUUAGGCCAAUUGUCAAGUAUCAAUAAAUAUAUCACAUAC